AUGGCCACCCCAUCCCAAAAGCCCCAAAGCUACACCACCCAAACAAUCGAACUAACCCUACCCCCCCAGGACAAACCCACAGCCCGCACUCAGCGCCCCUGGUCCUACUGGGCCGAUCCGCACAUCCGAACCUACCUCGAAGCCAGCCAGUCCAACACCGAACCGAGCGCCCGCGAGACCGCCAAACUAUGGGCGCAGAUCCUCAGCCGCGCGCUCGUCUUUCCCAGCAGCAGCAGCAGCAGCAGCGACAGCGACAGCCAGGCCCAGAACUACCGACUCCUCACCCGCCGAUUCAUCGAGUCGGCCACACAGAGCCCCCUGCCCUACGAGAUCAUCGAUCUCGUGAGCCCCGUCCCGCAAAACGGGAAGGACAGCAUCGUCAUCCAGAUCAUCUGCCACGAUGCAACCACCGCACAGGCCAGUCCGGAGCUCCAGCUCCGCGAGAUCCGACAGCGCAAGCUGGCGCUCCUGCAGCAGCAGCUGGUGGCGGUGGACUCCGCGCUGCUGCCGGAGUUUGUGCUCGGGGUUGCGGUGGGGGGCCACGUGUGGUUCCAGAAUCUGCAGGGCGAGGAUGGGUGUCGGCGGGGGCUGUGUAAGGUGCUGUGUCUUGUGCAGGAUCGGGGGCGGGUGGAGGAGUGGCUGCGGUCGCUGCGGCGGACGUUGGGGGUGGUGGAUGAAUCCGAGGGGAGUUUCUUUGAUGCGGAUUCGGAGAGUGAGGAUGAGAAUGGGUGUUGUGAGAAUUACUGUCGACUUCCUAUCCUGGAUCAGGAACAACGUCUUCAUUCGACACCAGUCGGAUGGAGUGGACCCUGCCCGGAUGUCCCGGAGCCCUAG